AUGCUCAAAACCUCCUCUGGCACCAGCACUGCCACCAAGGGUCUGCUUGUAGCCCUGCUGGGUGGGCGCCCACCCGGUGGCUUCAUGGGCCCCUUCUCCUAGCUAGUUUACCAGACUUCCCACCUACCCUUGCUGGAGCUGCUUAUCAGUUAAUGCCUCUUGCACCUCCCUAUUGCCUUACUACUUAAACUGCAUGGUGACUCACUGUUGGAACCUCUGGAUGUCCAGGGCUGGGCCUGACUCCAUGCCCUCUUUACUGUCUUCAGCACUGAACGUGCCUAUAGUGCAGUUCAGGUGAUGCCUGCUGGCAAUGCUGCCAUUGCCAAAGGUUCUUUCGCCAUCUGCUCUGUUCUCCUUGCCCUCUGUCUCAAGGCAGGUCUCAGUCACUAAGACUGGUGUGGCCUAUUGAACAGCGCUAUGGGACUAAUCAUCAUCGUGGGACCUGGACUAGGGAUACUACAGAAGGGGACCAAGGACCUCUACACUGCCCAGGGCUAUGUGCUCACUUUCCUGGAUGGCCAGACGUUGCUCUUGCUUCUGGUAUAUCUUUCCUUGGACCUCCCCUUCUGCCUACUAACAGUGGCUUUCCUGUUUGACUUGGUGGGGCUGGUGGGCUCUAUACCAGGCUUCUUUCUGCUGCAGAUCCCCAUGCUGCCCAAUGAGCCUCUGAGUUGGAGCUGUGUGGGGGGUGGUGAUCUCCCUCUGGUCUCCUUGUUGUGUGUGAGUUAUGUGGUCAACAAGGUCCAUCUUGCUCUGGGGUGUGUCGUCCUGGACUCUGAAGUGGUGGUCGCUCUGAUGCUGUAGAAUUACGUGCUCUCUGAGAUUGUGGCACCUUGUGACAUUAUCGGGGCAGUGGUUGUGUUGGGCAACAUUGGCAUCAUCACCACCCACAAUCUCAGCUAUGAGAGGGCAGGGCAGGUGGAGGAGUGA